AAAAUAAAUGAUUAGUUGUUGAUGAUCAAAAGUAACGCUGUUUUGUGAUCGAACAGAUUUCAGGAAUAUAGAAGGUGGAGACAAGCGUUAUUGCUUUUGUUAUUACGGUUUAGGGUUUUAUCGGUACUUUUGGAAUUGAAACACCAGCCAUGGCAACUCUUGCUGAUUCGUUCCUAGCAGACCUUGAUGAGUUAUCUGACAAUGAAGCUGAUAUUAUUGAUGAGGAUGUCGGUGAUGAGGAAGGCAUGGAAGAAGAUGUUGAUGGUGACAUGCCUGACAUUGAAUCUCUUAAUUAUGAUGAUCUAGAUAGUGUUUCAAAAUUACAAAAGACUCAGCGUUACAUUGAUAUCAUGCAGAAAGUUGAAAAUGCGCUUGAGAAAGGUUCUGACAACCCCAGCCAGGGUGUAGUUUUGGAAGAUGAUCCUGAAUAUCAACUGAUAGUUGACUGUAAUGCAUUGUUGGUUGACAUGGAGAACGAAAUCAUUAUUAUUCACAAUUUUAUUCGUGACAAAUAUCGCCUGAAGUUUCCAGAGCUUGAAUCUCUUGUACAUCACCCAAUUGACUAUGCUCGAGUUGUAAAGAAAAUUGGGAAUGAAGUGGAUUUAACCCUUGUUGAUCUUGAAGGUCUUUUACCAUCAGCUAUCAUUAUGGUGGUUUCUGUUACAGCAUCAACUACGAGUGGGAAGCCACUUCCAGAGGAAAACCUUCAAAAGACAGUUGAUGCAUGUGAUCGUGCUCUUGCUCUUGAUUCAGCAAAGAAAAAGGUCCUUGAUUUUGUUGAGAGUAGAAUGGGAUACAUUGCACCGAAUCUUUCUGCUAUUGUUGGGAGUGCUGUUGCAGCAAAACUCAUGGGGACUGCUGGUGGUCUGUCUGCGUUAGCCAAGAUGCCAGCUUGUAACGUUCAGCUUCUUGGUGCCAAGAGGAAGAAUCUAGCAGGGUUUUCAACUGCAACAUCCCAAUUUCGUGUUGGCUAUGUUGAGCAGACAGAGAUAUUUCAAAGCACACCUCCUUCUUUGAGGAUGCGUGCCUGCCGACUUUUGGCUGCAAAAUCCACACUUGCAUCACGAGUAGAUUCAACACGAGGUGAUCCAACUGGAAAAACUGGAAGGACAUUGAGGGACGAAAUCCGUAAGAAGAUUGAGAAAUGGCAAGAGCCACCUCCUGCAAAGCAACCAAAACCUCUCCCUGUUCCAGAUUCUGAUCCCAAAAAGAAGAGGGGUGGUCGUCGGCUCCGGAAGAUGAAGGAAAGGUAUGCAAUUACAGAUAUGAGGAAGCUGGCAAAUAGGAUGCAAUUUGGAGUACCCGAAGAAAGCUCUUUGGGUGAUGGACUGGGAGAAGGAUAUGGUAUGCUUGGUCAGGCUGGAAGUGGGAAGUUACGUGUAGCUGUUGGUCAGAGCAAACUUGCUACUAAGGUUGCAAAGAAGUUCAAAGAAAAGAACUAUGGCAGCAGUGGUGCCACUUCAGGGUUGACUUCUAGUUUGGCAUUUACACCUGUGCAGGGAAUCGAGCUCACAAAUCCACAGGCAUUGAAUCAGCUGGGUAGUGGUACUCAAAGUACCUACUUCUCAGAAGUAGGAACUUUCUCAAAGAUCAAGAGAACUUGAACCACCUUAAAGGUUGCCUUUGUACGGUUGGUCAUUUUUGGCCCUUAAACUUCCAUUUUGAUGGAAGUUCCAAAUGCAGGAUUUUUCCAUGAAGACCGAUUGUCAGCCAAAUGUAACUCAUUGUUUAUUUCAAUUUAGAUUGAAGAGAGUGGGUUCUUUGUGAGGUAUUCCUCUUUAAUGAUAUCACUUAAAAGCUCCUCUAUAUAGGAAUCUUUACAUUCUACAGGAUAUCUUCUUACUAAUUGAAUAAAUGGGAUGGAAGACCACUAUGUGUUGCUGGAGCCUGUGGACUACUAGACCUGGGACAUCAAAUUUGUGAACUCUAUCAGUACUUUACAUCAAGAUGACAUAUUAACCCUGAGAAGGAUCAUGCUUGUUAAGGUGCUGUUGUGUGUGGAAACUCUGUACGUUUGAUGGAAUUGUAACAGAUCUCAAUUCAGUAAUUUUGGGAUACAGUCGGGAGGGCCACUUCUCAUGCUCUUUGCUGCCACCACUUGUUGCAAGAUUUGUCUCAUCUCUUUUCAAGUAAAAGAACUUGAGAUGAACCGGGGGGCUGGCUCAGUUUGAUUCAGGCUCCGGGUAUGCUUGUUUACAAAUAUUUUUAAGGGUAAAAGCAUGAGUUAUUCUAUUAUUUAGUGUGCUAUAAGAUAGUUGGAAUUUAUUGUUCAAAAAUCUUAGAUGCAAAUUGUAAUGAUGUGCAUGUUGAUCAAUUUGAUAUAAUAUCCUUAAAAACCUUACUCUCUGGAGGCCGCAGGUCUCUCGUAAAUUCCUAUUGAGUAACCUGCCGAGAUAAUCUCUGUUAUUAUUUUCAUACUUUUGUUUCAUUUCUUGUUUUUAUGACCAGGAAAUUUUUGUACAA